AUGGCGGACCUCCUCAGGGUGGCGGACCCCCUCAAGGCGGUGGACCUCUGCAAGUUGGAGGACCUCCUCUGGGAGGUGGACCCCCUCAAGGACCUGGCGGACCACCACCCGUGGCACCUCUUGGCGCACCAGGCAUCGCUGCCGGACGAACCAGAAGAUCGUGACAAUCUAUGCACUUUCCUCAACAAACUCUUCCUGUUCUUUGAAGCACGACCAGCCGACUAUGUCACAGACCAGAGCCGCAUUGUCACUGCCCUAACGUUCAUGGACGGACCAAAGGUGAUCACCUGGAAGACCUUCCAGCCCAUUGAGGAAGCCGCUACAGCAGCAUCCAAGUUGUACCACCUCGGAUACCGACCUGCUGCGCUGGACACCUUCAAUGCGCAAUUCUUCCACCUCUGCCCCCUAGUCGGUAUACUCGAAGACACUGCCCAGCUAUCCUUCUACAAGGAGCAUCUCCCAGAAAGCAUGCGACAAUGUGUUCACCUCACCUACCCCGUCCCCACCACCAUUAACAACUCCACAGAAUCCUUUCACAACUUUUUCUGGGUGUACUGA